GCAAACUUUUGCGUUUGAUCGCAACUUUUCCGGAUGCACAGUUACAUAAGAGGAGUGCGGAUUGAGUCAUUCGGUGUUCUAGUUUUGGAUAGGAAGGACGCAGAAAACUUAUCCUGGAAUGCGACAUGGCGCAGCCAGUAGCGAAACAUAUGCAAACGCAGAAGCAAGGGUACAAAAUGAAGGAUAUGACGCGCAAUUCUCCGGUUGAAAAUAUUAGCGUCCCUUCGGUAGAGAAGCAAAGAAAAAAAUAUAAGGUUAAAGAUUUGUCCCGUGAAUUGGCGGCAGAGAAGGCCAAAAACAUUCAACUAAUGGAAGAACUCGAACAAAGUCAACGAAUCAACGAGGAACUUCUGGCUAAUCAAGCUGAGAAAGAGGCCAACAGAUCUGAUUUCGAAAGCGAAACCCCAUUUUCUAGUACUCGCAGGGUAUCAGCUGUAGCUAAUUUUGAAGAUUCACGUUCCUUCCUCAAUCAAAAAUGA